AUGCCCGCAACACAUUCCAAAGUAGUUCUUCCAACAACGAGUGAUUAUUGGCCGGAACAGGUCAUUCUUGACAUGAUUCAUGCCUUUGAAGGAAUGACAUUCAAGAAAGUUUUCUCAAGCAAAUAUACUUAUAUUGCAAUUGCUAUUGCCAUUGCAGUCAGAUUUGGAGCAACCUAUUUGAUGAGGAAACGAAGAAGAAAUCAACCAAAUUCAUCAAAUCAAAGACAAGUAGAAAGAAAGAAGAGCUCAAAUGACGGACUUUCAACCAUUAGGAAGUUUUGGGAACUUGUAAAGAUUGGACUUUUUAAUCCAAAUCAAGCUGGUGAAGCAAGUGCUUUGAAAUAUAACACAGAUCCUGCAUAUGGUAGAGAAAUUUGGAUCAUGAUUGCUCUUGCAGGACUUGUAAUUUUCCAAACAUUUAUUGUAAAUCAGAACAACAGCAUUAACGGUGACUUGAUGGCAUCAAUGGUAGCUCGAGAUGCAUCCUCAUGCAUUUACAAAAUGUUCCAAAUUACAGGUAUUUUAGUGCUGCAAUCACUAAUCAACCCAUCCAUUUCAUCUCUCAUUGAAACUUUGGCAUUGAGAAUGAGAAAGAAUUUGACCAUGGAUAUUCAUGAUCGUUAUUACACAGAUAUGGUUUAUUACAAGAUUUUGAACUUGGACAAGAGAGUAGGUGCUCCUGACCAACGAAUUACUCAAGAUGUCGAAGUGUUCUGCAAGCAAUUCUCUGAACUCUUCAUGGACUUGUUGAAUCCAAUUGUGGAAGUACUCUUGUAUACAUAUGAAUUGUCUCGUUUGAUUGGUUCUGGAGGACCAAUCAGUAUCAUCUCGUAUGUGGUGAUUGCAUUCGGUGUGUUAGGAAUGGUCACACCCAACUUUACCAAAAUGUCAGCUGAAGUUCAAAACAAGGAAGGUAAAUUCAGAUCUAUCCACAACAGAUGUAAGAACAAUGCCGAAUUAAUUGCAUUCUAUGCUGGUGAAGAGACAGAACGAUUGAAGGUUGAGAAACAGUUCGAGGAGUUAACAUCGUAUAGUGACUAUGUCAUUAACAAGAACUUUUUGUUUGGUGUUGUCAAUGACUACUUUACCAAGUAUUCACCACACACUGUCACUUCACUCAUUGCUGGAAUUCCAGUCUUCUUUGGUAGAUUACGACCAUUGCCAAAAGAUAAGCUUAUGGGUCAAUUGAGAUAUUUGAUUGCUGUUGUUGCCUUUGAAUUCUUUGCUUUGGGAAAGAUUAUCGAACUUUUCAGAAAGUUGUUGAAACUCUCGGGUAUGACUCAACGUGUCCAUUUACUCUAUCAAGUCAUGGAUGAACUCAAACAUGGUAACUCUGAAAAUAUUAACUUCAAAUUACGAUCUGCCAAACAAGGUGGAACUGGUGGAGAAAUUCUCGAAAGUGACGAAAUCAAAUUUGACAAUGUCAUUAUCAAGACACCCGACAAUAUUACUCUUGCUCGUAAUUUAUCAUUCAACGUUGGUAAGAAUCAACACAUUGUCAUUACAGGACCAAACGGUGCAGGAAAGUCAAGUCUGUUCCGAAUUUUGGGUGCUCUGUGGCCACUUCACAGUGGAACUGUUUGCAAACCACAAGCACAAGGUUCCAAUGCUCAAGGUUUGCAUAAGGAAAUCUUUUAUUUACCUCAAAAGCCAUACAACGUGAUUGGUUCUCUUCGUAGUCAAAUCAUUUAUCCUGAUACUCAAUUGAAGGAGGGUUGGAGUGACGAGAGAUUGAAGGCUCUUUUGGAUGACUUUGGAAUUGGUUAUUUGGCAGGACGUCACGCCGAUGGAUUCGAUGGAAAGCAAGAUUGGGACACUCUUUCAAGAGGAGAACAACAAAAGCUUGCCAUGGUUCGUCUCUUCUAUCACAAACCAAAAUAUGCCAUUUUGGAUGAAUGUACAUCUUGUAUUUCAGCUGAUAACGAAAGAGAACUCUACGGAAGAUGUAGCAAGAAUGGAAUUACUUGUAUUACUAUUUCUCACAGACCAGCUCUUGAAAAGUAUCACACUCAAAGACUUGUCUUUAACGGUAUGGGAGGUUGGAAAUGGGAAGCUAUCAAGUCUUGGACCGAGGAGUCCUCUGAAUAUGAGUUGAAAGGUCAAGAUAACUCAAUCAGAGAUGAUAAGGAAGAGGAAGAAGGAGAAGUUGAAGCCACCAACACUGAAACCAAAUAA